AUGAUCAUCUUCAAUGGCGGACCUUGCCAGUCCGAACAGAUGGACUAUUCCAGCUCCUUCUUCUUCGAUUACUCUGCUCUAAUUUUCUCUCGUGGCGAAGCCUUGCCAUCACCAUCGGAAUACGACCCUUCUGUCCUGCCGGUCUUCCGUGUGUUCCGAUUGCCGGCUCAGAGCCUCCCGAGCAGGUGGAGGUGUCCUGCAGAGCGACCAAAGUGUUAUCAAGACGACGACAAUCAACAAUCGUUAGUCAGAAUCAGGAUGGACAAAGGUGGUAAAUUGAAACGAGCAGCGAAAAGACUGAAGAGGAUUUUACCAGGCGGAUCAUCGAAGGAAGAUAAACUGGACACGGAAAGCAAGGUUCCAAAGCAGGGUCAGAUUGAGAGCGAUGUCCCAAUGGAAUGCGGUCCGGCCGCAGAUGAGGAGGAGAAAAUUCAGCCCAGAGACAAGCCACAGUUUACCAUAUCCGACCUCCUGGCACAGGGGGAGGAAUAUCGACUGUACCAACUGACAAAGUUCUACAGAGACAGACUCAAACAAGCAAUUGAAGAAAAGGUAGAGAGACUGGGUUGGAUGUUGACAAAGGAGGGACAUUUCAGUAGAGAAGAAAAUGAGAAAGUCACCGAGCUGACAGAGAAGGGAAACCGGGCUGAGAGUUCCAGACUCUUCCUCAGUUUGGUGAAUGGCAAAGGCUCCCGGGCCCGGGGGGCGAUGUGGGAAUCCUUUGUGACAUGGAGGACUGAGUUACCGAAGUUGGACACAAUACUAAGGGAAAUACAGGAACUCGGUCCUGAUCCACAGAAAUACAUGAACAUCGGCCAAGGUUUAUCGGAAUUACCCACUCAGCUGAUCGAUGUCCAACAGAAACACAAAGAGACGCUGCGGGCACAAACUGAAACACUGAGAGUGAACACGAUCCUGAUGACGGAGAAGGUGAAGGUUUUCCAGCUGGCUGAUCGAUACGCUGAGCUCACGGUCAUUUCUACAGUUCGAGAUCGGACGCUGGUGGAACAUGAGCUGCUGGCAAGAGGCAGAGACCAUGAGGAUUAUCGAGUGAAACAACUCCGCAGACAACUGGAAAAAAUCCGUACUGAUCAGUUAUUCCAGAGCAGCUUUUCCCGGAGUAAAUCCAAAUCUGGGAGUUCAGCGGCAGUCUCCGGAGUCCCGGGGAUCGGGAAAACAACGAUGGUACAAAAGAUUGUUUAUGACUGGGCCAUGGGGAAAAUAUACCAGCAAUUCCAGUUUGUCUUCAGUUUCAAAUUCCGAAAUUUAAACAGCAUUAACUGUCGAAUAAACCUGAAGGAACUGACUCUGGACCAGUAUCCUUACUUUGGGAAUAUCCUGAGAGAAGUCUGGAAGAACCCAGAGGGAUUACUGUUUAUAUUCGAUGGUUUAGAUGAAUUCAAACACAAAAUCGAUUUUGCGGACAGUCGGAGAGAUACAGAUCCCAAGCACCAGUGCCCAGAUCCCGAGUGGAGAUGUCAGGUGUCGGACAUUGUGUACAGUUUAAUCCAGGGCAAGCUGCUCCCUGGGUGUUCAGUGCUGGUGACCACCCGCCCCAUUGCAUUACAUUUAUUGAAAAAGGCGGAUAUCAGUGUCUGGGCUGAAAUCCUAGGAUUUGUUGUUGAGGAACGGAAGGAAUACUUCAUUAGACUUUUUGAAGACCAGAUGGUGGCCGAGGCUGUUUUCAAUUAUGUGACGGAGAACGAGAUCCUGUACACCAUGAGCUACAACCCUUCCUACUGCUGGAUCCUCGCUCUGGCACUGGGCCCCUUCUUCACACAAAGAGUCAGGGACCCACAGCGAGUUCCCAAGACCAUCACCCAACUGUACUCCGACUAUAUUUACAACAUCCUGAAAAACCACGGCCGUGAGAUUGAGAGACCCCGUGAUGUGUUACUCAGGGUUGGUCAGAUGGCCUUCAGAGGAGUGUCCGAGAGGAAGAUUGUGUUUACAGAUGGAGAUUUGAUCAAGUACAAUCUGCAGCCUUCCCAGUUCCUGUCCGGGUUCCUGAUGGAGCUUUUGGAGAGAGAGGAUUCUGCCCAGAGCGUGGUGUACACAUUCCCACACCUCACCAUCCAAGAGUUUGUAGCUGCAGUCGCACAAUUCCUGAAUCCACAUCCCGGGGAUAUCCUUAAAUUCCUCACUGAUGUCCACAACACGACAGAUGGGCGAUUUGAGGUAUUUCUCCGUUUUGUUACUGGUCUCACCUCCCCAAUGACAGCUCGGGCCCUGAUGGAGUUUCUGGGUCCAUUUCCUCAUGAAACAACCUGCCGGGUGAUUGACUGGGUGAAGGAGGAGGUUAAACGUCAGAGUGGAAACACAGAGAGUAAAGCUGGUAAAAGGAGCCUCCUGAACACAUUACACUACCUGUUUGAAUCUCAGAAUCGUGGACUGGCUCAGGCCGCACUGGGAUCGGUGAACAGACUUUCAUUCCGUGGACUGACAUUGAACCCGAUUGACUGCGCUGUCCUGUCUCAUGUCAUCGGACUCUGUGAUACAAUAAAACACCUCGACCUGGAGGACUGCCACAUUGAGUGUGAAGGAAUCCAGCGACUGGGACCCGGGCUGCACAAGUGCCAGGAGUUGAGACUGAACAAUAAUAAACUGGGGGAUUCAGCAGUGAAACUGGUGUCUGCGGCUCUGAGGAACCCGGAGUGUAAAAUACAGAAACUGGAGUUGAACAAUGUCGGUCUCACAUAUUCUGGUGCCGAGCAUCUCGUCUCCACUCUCAGUACAAAACCAUCACUGACGAGGCUGAACCUGGGAUUAAACUCUCUGACAGACCUAUCUGUCCCCGCUCUCCGCCGCCUCAUACUGACCCUCCCGAGUCUGGAGCGGAUCGAGCUGCGGGGGAAUCAGUUCAGUGAGACGGGGGAGAAGGAACUGAGAUCUCUGCAGGAACCCAGACCCGGACUGAGAGUGAACAUCUGA